AUGAUAGUCACAGACUCGGACACCACAAAGCUCGUGCACAAGCCUUCUCCAGAUUCCCCGCCCCCGCCCCCGCCCACAGCCCACCCAGCGUUCGACAUCGCAGAAGCACUCCCGCUCCCCGUCGCAGGCGGCGAGGAGCCUCCCCCAGAAUUCACCCCCUACGACGCAGAGUUCUUCUUCAUCGACAGCGACAACAUCGUCUCGCACGACCCCCACCUCAACACAGACGGGGAAGCCCUCUACCGCUUCCUCCUCUCCCAGUCAUCCACCCCGCCCACAUACCGCAUCCACUGCCACGGCUCCCACACCGAAACCCGCUCACGAUGGGUCACGCACGAGCACCACGGAAAGUACGAAUCAAGACACGAAUCCUACUCGGAGACAAUCACAGACUUCGAUUUCUACAUCGACGUCCCCCAGUCUCUCCUGGGCACUGACGCCGCCGGCCCUCUCAUGUGGUCAGUCUCAGACUCGGAACCGUCCUAUCGUGGAUCCAUGGUGCGCCAAGUCCUCAUCCCAGAUGGCUUAGCAAAGCGGAAGCGCGAGGGCACUGCUGAAGAGAUAUCCGCCCACAAGCGCUGGUCAUCUGAACGAGCCUCGCGCGGUAUGCCACCGUGGAUGACGGGCGUCCCCUCUUUCCAGUGGACAGAAGGCACCCCAGACAUUCCUAAUGGUGCGCCACGCUCUUCAAUCUUACGCUCAUCCAGGACCCUACGCGAAUGGGCCGACGACUACUGUGCCAGCGACAAACUCCUCAAAGAAUUCGUCUUUGAAAAAGUCCUGUACGGCUGGAAUGUUGCGUCACUCUCGUCAGCCAUACAGUCUGCCAUCGCAGCCUCGCCGUACUCUGGCCACAUCAAAGUCACGAUCUCUACGCGCGCGUCGAAGAUCAUAGUCAGGCCAGAUAACCAGCUUUCGAGGUUGCUCACGAAGCGCUGGUUGAGAAUCAUAUUGUGGAUUUUAAUGAUAUAUCCGUUUGUGUGGCUGUUCAAGAGGUUCCAUCCGCGGGGUGGAGGCAGAUGGGAGGUCUGUGGCGGCGCGUACGCGCUGAAGAGGUGGGUGCCCGUAGAUGCAGACGAGGAUAUGGGUGCAAACGAGGCCCGGCGCGACGAAAAGCAGCCUUAUGUACCGGAGGCAUCGACAUCAGCGGCGUCUCCUUCUGAACCCUUGCCACCGCCAGCCUUUCACACACUACAGUUGUCCCCAUCCCCACUCGUCGACUUAUCGAACGCGAACUAUACCCCGCUCCCCUUCGCGCCGGCCCUCCGCACCUCGCUAUCCGACCCAACGAAUUCCAUGUUCGCAGAUCUGUCCCCUCCAUUCGCGUCGUCGUCGUCCAACCCUUACCGACCCAAUCCACAUCAAAGUCACCCGUACCCAUCUAAUCCACCCUACCCAAUCGCCUCUUUCUCCGGACAGCCCCAGCAAGCCAACGCACCGCGCAUCAUUAAUACCCCCUCUGGUAUGCGCAAGCUCGUAGGAACGCGAGAGGGAGAGUGGUUCCGCGCGUGGUACCCCAUCAUCGUGCGGGCCGUCACGAAUAGGUAUCAAAGCUCAAUUCCCCUGACUGGACCUGAGGGCCUCACUAGUGGUUCGGUUAUUGGCGCGGGGCUGGAUGGCUGGUAA